CCCGGCCCCUCUUUCGCUGCUCGGCCUUCCGUUUCCCGCCGGAAGCCGGAGGGCGGGACUUCCUUUUCCGGGUGCGGGACCCCUCAGGCGGAGGGCAGCGGCGAAGGCGGCGAGGCGGGCGACGGAGGCGAGGCGCGGAGGCCCGGAGCCGAGAGCGGACAAAUGGCUGCUAAAAUAGGAGAGAUCCCUCACUUGAAUAAUUCUGCACCACUUGUGGACCCCUCAGUCUACAGUUACGGAGUAAAACGGCCUCUGGAUGACGGAAGUCUCCGUGUAAGUUGGCUCCAUGGAGCACAGAUAAGAGAGACCCAGAGAAUAGGUAACCAGUUAGGGGCCCUGGUACAUCAAAGGGCAGUAAUAACAGAAGAAUUCAAAGUGCCUGACAAAAUGGUUGGAUUCAUCAUCGGCAGGGGAGGAGAGCAGAUCUCCAGGAUUCAAGCAGAGUCGGGCUGCAAAAUCCAAAUUGCGCCAGACGGCGGAGGGAUGCCGGAGCGGCCCUGCGUCCUGACCGGAACGCCAGAGAGCAUUGAGCAAGCCAAGCGUCUGCUGGGCCAGAUUGUGGACCGCUGCCGGAACGGGCCGGGCUUCCACAACGACGUGGACGGGAACAGCACCAUCCAGGAGAUCCUCAUCCCGGCCUCCAAGGUGGGCCUGGUCAUCGGCAAAGGCGGCGAGACGAUAAAGCAGCUGCAGGAACGGACGGGCGUGAAAAUGAUUAUGAUCCAAGACGGCCCUUUGCCGACCGGAGCGGAUAAACCCCUUCGGAUUACCGGAGACGCUUUCAAAGUACAGCAAGCGAGGGAGAUGGUCCUGGAAAUCAUCCGCGAAAAAGACCAGGCCGACUUCCGAGGCCUUCGCAACGACUUCACUUCCAGAAUGGGAGGCGGCAGCAUAGAGGUGUCGGUGCCCCGGUUCGCCGUUGGGAUCGUAAUAGGAAGGAACGGGGAGAUGAUCAAAAAGAUCCAGAACGACGCCGGGGUCCGGAUCCAGUUCAAACCAGAUGACGGGAUCAGUCCCGAGAGAGUGGCCCAGGUCAUGGGCCUCCCCGACCGGUGCCAGCACGCCGCCCACAUCAUCAACGAACUCAUCCUCACGGCGCAGGAGCGUGACGGUUUCGGGAGCCUCGCUGCGGCCCGAGGGAGAGGCCGCGGCCGCGGAGACUGGAGCGUGGGGGCCCCGGGGGGCAUCCAAGAGAUCACCUAUACGGUCCCCGCCGACAAGUGCGGCCUCGUCAUCGGCAAAGGUGGGGAGAACAUCAAGAGCAUCAACCAGCAGUCGGGGGCCCACGUGGAGCUGCAGCGGAACCCGCCCCCCAACACGGACCCCAACGUGCGGAUAUUCACCAUCCGGGGCAUCCCCCAGCAGAUCGAGCUCGCCAGGCACCUCAUCGACGAGAAAGUGGGCGGGACCGGCCUGGGAGGACCGGGGGGCUUUGGCCAGAGCCCCUUCAGCCAGCCGCCGGCCACCCCCCACCAAAACGGUCCUCAGGCGUUCAUGACCCAGGGAUGGGGCGGCACCUACCAGACGUGGCAGCAGCCGGGGCAGCAGGUCCCAAGUCAACAGAGCCAGCAGCAAAACAACCAGCCGGACUACAGCAAGGCGUGGGAGGACUAUUACAAGAAACAGAGCCACGCCGCCCCCGGGGCCCCUCCGGCCAGCUCCCAGCCGGACUACACGAUGGCCUGGGCAGAGUACUACCGGCAACAGGCGGCCUACUACGGGCAGUCGCUAGGGCAAGCGCAGGCCCACAGCCAGGAGCAGUAGAACAAGACGGCCCUUGACUCUUUUCCUCCUCCUCCUCUUCCUCUUCCUCCUCUUCCUCCUCUUCGGCUCCCACUUUUCUCGGAAUCAUUGUGAAAGCAAACCUUUUUUUGUAACAGAGGUUUCUAGAUUUGCAACGUUUUGAUGAAGACUCUUCGUUAUUUUUUUCCUCCCUCUUCGGGUUUUUUUUUCCUCCUCCUUUAUAUAUUUUUUUCCCUCCUUUCUUUUUUGUGGAACACUAGUCGUUAGGAUAAUCGAUACUGAACUUUUUUCUAAGGAAUCAGGAACAAUUAAUUAGUUCAUGUGUUACUAAACUUUAUGGACAUGCUGGGUAAUUCUAUACAAAUAUAUCUAUUUUUUUCCUCCUAUUUUUUCCGUUUUUUUUUUCCUUCUAAUUUUAGUUUUUUUUAACCCCCCCAAUUCCCAAAAAUUUAUAUGGAAAGAAGACAAAAAUCGAAACGAAACUCCGGGAUCCUUUAUCAUGAUCAUCGUCAUAAUAUUGUUAUUCGUUGUUUUGUGUGUUUCGUUUUUCCAGAAAAACAAAACAAAAAACCCAGAACUGUGACACAUUUCAACAAGCGUUUUUUUUUCUUUUCUUUUUUUGCAAGAAAUUUUUUUCCUCCCUUUUUCCCCCUUUUUCACCGUUGUUUUUAAUUUUUACAAAAAUUCUUUUUUUUGUCUGCCGCCGUUGCAGAAAAAAAAAGAAAGAAUAAAAAGGCUUGGAAGUCUUAGGUUUGGUAUGUAACAAAUUCUUUUUAAAAAAUAAUAAUGAUUUUUUUAAAAAAACAAGCAGUAUUUAAAUAUUCUUAAAUAUGUAAAUUCAUUAAAUAUUUUACUUCUAAUUUGUUUUACCUCUUUGUUUUUUCCUGAUUUUUAUUGCAAUUUUUGUUUGUUUUUUAAAAGAAGAAGAAAAAAAAACCUGAACUAUUGAUAAUGUAUUGUAAUUAAUUUUGUGAAUUUCUUAUAUCCGGAAGCUGGUUGUUAUUUGGGGGGGGAUUUUUGUAUAAUUUCUUAGAGAUCUAAAAGGGGGUAAUAAUAUAAAAAGACAUACAAACCAAUGUGUUAAUUUUUGGGUUUUUUUGUGAUAAUGUUUUCUCUUUUCCAUGUUUUUUCCUCCAUUGUCGGUUGCAUUUGUGUAUCUAAGACCUCCAAGCUUUUGUCUAAAAAAAAAAAAACGGGGAAAAAAACAACACAAAAAACGAGAAAAAAUAACGAAAUACUUUUUUGUCUAUUUCAGAAAAUAAAUACUGUUAUUUUUAAUAUUAAGAUGAAAAAACUUGCUAUUAGUACCUUUAACAAAAAAAAACACUGUGGAACAUUAUUAAAUCCUAUUGAAAUAGUAGUAACUAUUUUUUAAUUCCAGGGUGUGUGUAUUUUGCUUUUAUUAUUAUAAUUAUUAUGGUUUCCCCCACCCCCUCUUUUGUCGUUUAUUUUUUUCCGUCGUUUUUAAGUAUUUUCUUAAUAUUUGUCAGGGGGGAAAAAUUUAAAAAUUUGCCUAGAGAAAUUUUAAAAAAAAUGAGAAAAUCUAGUAUUAACCACAGGUAUGCGCUAAAUAAUAAUAAUAAUAAUAAUUUUUUUGAUUUAAUAAAAGGGAUAAUAUGGUUUCUGAUCUUUUAUUGUAGUGUUUUCUUGUACAGAUAACAGUGUAUUUUUGAAGAUGAAGAAGAAUUAAGAAAAUUACAGACAAACGGGGAAGUAAAGCUAUUUUUUCUCUCGUCUUUUCGACGUUUUUAAACUGGGACAUUCCUUUUCCGAAUUUUUUGCGUCGAAUUUGCCGGAUUUUUAAGGCCCUUCUUCCUCCUCCUCCUCUUGGCCCCCGUUUUCUUUAUACAUAUAUAUAUAAAUAUAAAUAUAAUUCAACCUAUUUGGAUAAUAUUUGCGCAUGAUGUUUGAGGGGUACAAAAUUGUUCUUUUUUCUUUGACUGACAGCUGCAUUUUACACUCUUUUUUCUCUCUAUAAUAAAACAAGAAAAACAAAACAAAAGAAAUAAAGCCCACAAAGCGAUUUGUGGGUUCAAUAAUUGAA